AUUUGGCAUUGUCAGUCCUGUGUUAAUGCGCAAGAUGUGGUAGUAUUGAAUUUUACUUACUCAGUGUACAUAAAUCUCAUCUUCAACCAAUUCUGGUCCGUGUAUUAUAUAGUUGCUUUUCAGUGUGUAGUGUCUUCUAAAGCCUUACCUACUGAUUUUAUUACAGAAGAAAUUUUUAUUAUUGUAGUCCGGUGAAAUUACAAAUAAACGUUUAUAAUUCUUUAUAUUUAUUUUACUUACAGUUACUUUGAAAAUCUCUUUAUGGUAUUAUACUAAUGUUCAACAACCAGUAAAGGUAUUUUGGAAAUCGUUUUGCAAAUUGUGCGCAUGCUGUACACGCAAGGCUCAGAGGAAGCGCCUCGACGUCCGGCCGUGUGGAUGUAGCGUGAUAUUCUUUUUCCUUUUUGGUUUGUUUUUUGUUCAUCUCAUUUAUUUAUUCCAAUGUAAUCUCUUCCAGUUCAUUUUUUAUUCAGUCGGCCUUCAGUGUUACCUGUGCCGGGACGCCAAUAGUGCGUUUGUAGAGUCUCCUGGAUCGUUUGCUAAAAGAACAGACAUGAUUUCAUUCAUGAUAUUUACAUAUAUAUAAGUGAACAUUUAUACCUUGUGGUGAUACACAUUUUUUUGGUAUUAUGUCUUUUUAGUGCGUAGUGUGUGUAGUGUGAUGCGUUUGCGCAGUGAUGAUGGAACUUACUCAUUAUUUGUAUCUCUUGACGCGGACUUCGUUGAACAGACUGCAACUCCUUUCAAUGGAACCUCCUCAGUCUCCCAAAUUUAAUGUGCCUUUAUGGCAGCCGUGGGUCGCCUCUCCAGAAAAAGAGACGCCAAGUACGGCUUCGAGCGGCGAGUCGGAAGGGGACCGCACCCACUCCCCUGAAGCACCCAGUACCCCACAGCCUAAGGAGUUGACCGGCAAAUGGCGUAGGGAGCGGCGGUCUACGAGAUUACCGGACUAUAGACCCAGAGAAAACGGCAAGAUGGCGCUACGGUCACAGUCCUUUAAUGAGCGGCGUUGCGCACCAUCAGUUGCGCGAGCGCAACCCCACAGCGAUGGGGAACUUUCAGAUGAAGUUGAGGACGGGCCGGCAGACUUAGCUGUCAAUAGAAAUGGAAAAGGCGCACCUCCAGAAUACCCAAGCAAGCACGAGGCUCCAAUAGACAUGAGACUUCGGUCGCGCCCUGCACCACCUCCUUAUAGCAGACCUUCAGUUAUUACUAAGAGCAAUGACACUCCGCCAGGUUCGAUGUCGAUGUGCGACCCAGUCAUAGAUGAACACUUCCGUCGGUCUCUUGGUGACGACUACAUGAACUUAUUCAAGAAAAAUAACACUGAGAAUGCACAGCCUGGACCCAAACCAAACACUAAAGACCGGGCAAGUAGCCCCAUUCAGUUUAAAAAUGAAGAACCACCCAAACCAGCUAAAAUAAUAGCAAUGGAAGUUGACGAUGCCAGCCUCUCAGUAGACGACCACUUCGCGAAAGCACUUGGCGACACCUGGCGGCAGAUUCAAACCUCAAGAAUAAAAGACAGUGAAAAAUCACAGACUUCUGCCAAAGGCGUUGUUGAUGAUCACUUCAGCAAAGCACUCGGGGACACUUGGAAGAAGAUACAAUCAUCCAAACUCAACAUAGAUGGUACAGAGAAAUCAAAGGAACAAACGAAAAUUAUCUCAAGGAGUGGCGUCGUAAUAUAAUAACGCUAGUUAAGCCUCUGGGUGGUUCGGUUUACGGCCUUGUACAAUUUACGAGGCAUUUCAUGAUGCUAACUGGAGUAUCAAUAAAUUCCCACUUGUUUAACAUAAAGGAAGCUAUUAGAUAUUUUAUUGUCGGCACGAAUUAGACAUAAUUUUAUUGCUCGCUAUCAAUCGGAGAACCAUGACAUUCUGUUACCUUAUGGUUGUUUCGGAGAUGUUAUUAAUUUUAUUAAAUGUAUGAAUAGUCAUUUAGUGGUCACCAGUUACACGAAAUAAGUUAUUACCUCAAUGUAAGCGCUUUUGCACAAUCACGUAGGUUAAUUCUAGCAUUGUAAAUAGUAGUCAUUAUUAUGUAGCAGAAUAGAAGAUAAAUUUGGGCAUCAACUAGCUUUUCACAUGUUCCUUAAAAAGAGAUGGUAUGAGUGGAGAGGAGUGAAAGUUUUUCGAAUUCGAAUACAACAAUGAAACCCAACGAAUAAAAUGUAAAUGUUGUAUUAUUUAUGAAUAAAAGCACUUUUAUUUUGUUAAUUGA